CCCAAUUCUCUCCUCCCCCGUCAAGACCCUCGAUGUCCGACCACUCGACCAUCUCCGCAGUCGGCGGCAAUGGAGGGAGCACAGCACUGCCAUGCCGUCCGUCCUUGUGGAAAGUUGAAGUUGUGAUCCAAAGUGACAAACGUAAACGAGAGAUCGCCGAACAGUUUGCAAAAGCGGGCCUUUUGGACGGCUACCGAUCCGACUCUUCGUCUUCCGCCCGCACAGGAGAAGGUAUGCUUGCGGCCUCACCAACGAGGUCAGUUUGUUCUGCGCGUUCCAUCGAUACUUUGCUUUCCAUACCUCCGACGUAUGGGCAGCCAUAUUCCGUAUCGCCAAAGGAGCUGUCUAUACCUAAGAGGAAGCCUGUCCGAAAGCCAAUUGGUCCGAUUGGCGUCAUAUCCGUACCGGUCUACUUAUCGUCUGAGGACGAUGGGAGCCAAAGCAGCACAUCGACGGAUCGAAGCACCCAUCAAACGACACGGCGUCGGAAGCGCAAAUCGCAGCCCGUCCGGAAGCAACAAACCACUUUGGCCGCCUCCUGGGCGAAGGCGGAGAGUAAGCCGAAGCGCGUCAAUGAACGAGUUACGCGUUCAUCUGCAGCAGGCGGUCGCGGGAGCACUCGCGAGGGGCAUGUCAUGCGCAAGGAUCCUCCCGAAAGAAGGCGGAUAACGCGACAGAGUGUGCGGAACAGCUCGCAACAUGAGAACAGCGAGCCGGAGGUGGUCGUACUGAGUUCCGACGGCGGAGACGCCACUUACGUGGCGAGGACAGAAAAGAGACGCCGGAAGGCGCCAUCAUCCGGUAGAGACGAUGGCGUUUCUGUACGUGUAGGAUAUGAAGAAAGCGAAACGGCCGUUUCUACCGCUGAGGAUGAGGAGCAAGCCUCCGCAAGGCCGCCUGUGAGAGUGAGAGCUAGCACGAGGCCGUCCCGUCGAGCAUUGUCGAAGGAUGCUGAAAGCAGGUCUGGGCUCAGCCGGGGAUCUACUCCAAAACGGAAAGAACCAGCAACUUCCAGUAAGAAUGCGCACUUCGCUCCGAUAGUGGUGGAAAACUGGCGACCAGCGUUCGUCCAUGAUAUGGACAAUGAGAACGACGAGAAUGAGGGCGACAAAGACGACGAACUCAUUUUCCGUCCGAGCCAAGGCUCUGCCCGUAAACGGAAACGAGCCGUCGUGGUGGAAUCAGACGAUCACGAUUCAGACGAGCCCCUCCCAACGCCUAGAAGGCGCCUCAAACUGCGACAUGUAGAGGUCGAUGAGGCCCCGUCUCCACCGAACUUCAACGGACAUAGCUCUCCAAUCAGUGUGCUAGAUUCCGAGGUUGAGAAAGCGACGGGUGAGGAGGAAGGAGAAGAGUAUGAUGACGAUGAUCUGUAUCUGAGCGAGGACGCGUUGAAACCACGACCGAGCGAAGAGGCGAAGUCCUUCAAGGAUGCGUUAGCAAAGAUGAAAGAAAACCGUGCGCAAGGCGACAUGGUACCAAAACCGGAAGUUCUCGAUGAGAGUCAAAGCGCAAGCGAGUCCGACCAUUUGACCGGAGGAACAUCAUCAGCGGAAGAAGAUAGCGACCAGAAUAUGAACGAUUUUGUAGUAGAGGGUGAUGCUGAAGACGACGAGCCAGUGGAACUACCAGAGGAAUUCCAUCUUGGCGGUUCGCUGAAGCAGUCCUUCGAAGCCUUUGUGCGGAAACUGGUUGAUCUUUUCUUGACAAACGAAUCACACUCCGAGCCUGCGAUUGAAUCAACCCGUGAAGGCGUUAUUGAGAAGCGGCUCAAUGACCUAAGGUUUUCGUUGAUGCAGAGUGAUGCGUGGAAACCGGAAUAUAAGGAUAUCCUGGACAAAUAUCCAAUUUUCUCAUGGAGACAUGACCCCAAAUACGAUGGCAUCUGCGACGCAUGCCACAAGUCUAAUCAAACCGCCAACCGACGCGUUACUUUGACAGGUCCCAUAUACGAUCGACUCACGCUAUCUGAUGAAGACGAUGAAGAGGAGUACCCAUUGUACGAGCAAUUCGCGUUCAAUGUUGGUCCGACAUGCCAGCGCCGGUCGGAAACGUACUCUAGACUGCACCACUACAAAUGGAAUGUAUACAAGAAGGUGCAAGCGCUCAUACUGAAGCUACGGGGACGGGGGAUUACUGGUGACGCGACGGAGUACACCGAGGAAUUGAAGCGGAAUGGGAAUAUUCAAAUGGUUUGUGUGCCUUGUCUUCGAAAAUUUUGGGAGAAGUACGAAUGGCAAUCACGCGCUAAUCGCGUCGUUACAUUUCAGCUCUUCGACAGCUGGCAAUACACAAUGGACCGAGCCAGCAGUGAAUACGCUCGCGGAUGAGCCACUCUAACCAAUCGGCAAAUAAAACAAUCAUAUUUGUUCACACAAAACGACCGCAGUCCUGUACAAUUUGCAUGAUAUGCACGGUUCGCACCAUUUCUCACAUUUCGAAAAUCAAGUCCGCCAAGUCCGCGUUUAAAUAUAUACCGAGAAAGGAGGCGCCGGAGACAGCU